CCUCCACCACCUGCCCGCCUCACGUCUUCGUCGCCCGGCAUCGCUGCAAAAUACCUAGCAGAUUCACGUCGACAUGUGUAACUCACCAACGACACCAUUCUCUGCAGUUAAUGCGACUUUCCACCCCGUCGUCUCGUACGGGCACUCACUUGCUGGUGCCUUGCCUACCUCGACCUAGCUAACAGACGACCGCGGCAGCCCGCUACUCGAGUCCUACCCCACGGCUCUUGCCAGUGCUGGGGGUGCAUCUCCAAGUCCGUCUGCGGCCUCAAGUCCCCUUGAUCCGAACGACUUUCAGCCUUCGCCGUCCGCCUCCGUUUCACCACAUUCGCCGCGCACCACGUCCCGAUUUCGAUUCCUUCCCUUCUCCUUCGGUGCGCGGCGCUGCCAGGGUCCACCGCCACAUCAGCCCGUUCAUGUAGGCCCCCCUCCCAAGACGUCCUGCGGGCACCGGUCGUCCCUCGCCGCGGCCAGGAGCCGUGGCCCCCCGACUCACUCACGGACCUCCUUGGCCGACGCGCCCGCCAUUCGCAUCCCGCGAAGCGAGAGGCCAAGCAAUGGCAGGGCCGUCCCUUUCUCACAUCCUCGACCCUCCGCGGCCAAUCGCCCAUGUCACCGGACUCGACACGUCGUCUGACUUUCCUCAGCACACUGCCAUAUCUGCCGCCGUUCCUGUUUCCGACCCUACCGCCGGAUCUGCUGGCACCACGCUUGGUCCGACAUCUUCGCGGCCUCAUGUCGUUCUCGCGCCUAUGCACGGGAAUAGCUCCGUGACGUCCUCGUCUGCGCCUGCGGUCGCUUCUGACGCAGGUGCCCCUCCGCGGCUGCCACCAGACCAGUCUCAAUUCCAGCAUGGCUCGGCCUCAUCGAACAAGAGCCAUGUAGGCAACAACUUGUACGCAUGUCGCGACUGUGGACGAUCUUACUCUCGCCCAGAGCAUCUGGUGAGGCAUGUCCAGACACACACCCUCGGCCGACGUUUUGUCUGUGAUAUAUGUCAGAAAUCGUUUGCUCGCAAGGACCUCCUCCGAAGGCACGUCGCAAAUCAUGACAACGACACGCCGCAGAAGCGACGCCGAACGACAUCCUCCCCAGGGGCUGGACGGGUUACGCAAGCAUGCAGGGCUUGUGCCAUGGCUCGCGUCAAGUGUGAUGAGACGAAACCAUGUCGCCGCUGCAUCAACCGCAAGCUCUCAUGCGUCGCAUCCGAGGCAGGAUCAGCAGCUGCCAUGCACUUGGUCCAUUUGUCCGCGAACGCCCACAUGACCACGACUGAGCCAGCUCAACCCAACGCCGUGAUGGGGCCCGGAGACGCUCCAGACUCAUCGUCCCCGGCGUCACACGGGCAAGUGCGGUCAGUACCUAGCGUCUCAACCUCGGGCCCGGAGCCUGCCACCACGAAGAGUACACCUCUGUCACAGUCAGCAUCCUAUCAACCGGACGACGGACAAUUACUCACACCUGACACGGGUGCCGAUCAAGCCAAUGCUGAGCCGUAUCACCAGCCGUAUGAGCCAACAAAUACGAUACCGAACGCCAUCAUGGCUAUGAACAGGUCCCCAUUCUUCGACUUUCUGCGCGACGUGCUUUACGAGCAGCCUAUCGACACGUCGAGGAUACCCGACUCGCAGGGCCUCGCCGUGCUCGACUUUUGCGACAAUGCGAACCUGGAUCUCACGGAGCUGGACUUUGGUCUUCUUGAUCAUUGGAACUUGGACGGCAUGGUGGAAGGGACUCUUCCGGCUCAGGAUGUCGUCACGCAUGGCGCAAACUCGGCCGAAAUUGCUCAAAUGCGUCAGAGUCUGGUCCAGGCUUGGACUGAGUCGCCCUGGCGGUGGGAUCCUAAGAACCAUGACACUGGAUAUCGAGAGCAAGGCCUUCUCGCUGUUGCAGCCAAGGAAAUGUCGAGCGCCCAGUUUCAGGAGAGCCGAAAACGACUGGAGAGAGUGGUGGCGGAGAAGCUGGAGCAGCCGACGAGAGAUCGUGUCCUCGCCAUACUGCUCUCGACGUGCCACCAAAACUCGGCUGCUGCCAACCGCGUCGCCGCCUCUUUCCCGACGGUCGAGGUCAUGGACACUUUGGUGCACAUAUUUCUGGCGUCACAGGCUUGCCAGGUUGACGAGUGGAUUCACUUUCCGACGUUCAGAUUGAAUGUGCAAUGGCCCGAGUGGGUUGCCAUGGCUGCCGCAAUGGGGGCGGCCUUGACUCCAUUGCCUACCCUCCGCAAAUUUGGCUUCGCCGUACAAGAAGCAGUCCGAAUCACGAUACCAGCCAGAUUUGAAGAAAAUAACACUGCCAUACAAAGGCUGGGUCUCGUGCAAUCCCUCAUCCUAGUCCAAGACCUUGGGCUUUGGAGCGGGAAUCGACGCAAGAUGGAAAUUGCGGAAUGCCAUCUCGUCAUUCCAGUGACGAUGAUGCGUUACCGAGGCAGAUUCCAACGAUCAAAAUACCCCGUCAUUGCGGUCGAUUCCACCGACGAAGGCGAGGUGCUUGAGCGAAAAUGGAAACAGUGGGUUGAAAUGGAGCAAUGGAAACGGCUCGUGUUUCAUUGCUACAUACGUGAGGCUCAGACGUCGAUGACUACGCUGACCAAUCCGUGCCUCUCGUACUCGGAGCUUACUCUUCCUCUCCCGGAGUCGAGGGAACUUUGGUUGGCGGAGAACGCACUUGAAUGGAAGACGCGAUAUCUGGAGAGGAACGCCGGACACCAGAAGCGACCGCCGUCGGUGGGAGACCUCUUCCACGAUGUUCACCUGCUGACACAGAACCAUGCGCGACUUGACGUGCAGUAUUCGAUAUCCAUUUUUUUGCAUGGCUUCUGGGCGCUGAUAUUAGAGUAUCGACAACUAAGCUCUGUUCACAAGACUCGGUCAUACGCCAACAGCCUUGGCGGGAAUCCAAACCUGCUCCUCGGCUCGCGUCACCAAGAGUUGGUGAAGGACUUGCAGAGCUUCCAGCUGAUUGCAUCUGGGUGGCGGGACAUGUCACCACGGGAGCACCUGCUCCUCAACCUACUGAUGAUGAACUUGCAUGUGUCCCUGGACGACAUGCAGCUCUUCUCGGGGAAGGAAGGCGAGGAUCAAGCGCGUCGGAUUUACCCAGUGCUGCAGCAAUGGGCAACGAGCUCGGAAUCGCGGUCUGCGGUGUGGUGCGCCGCGCAGGUCCUGCGGUACGCACGAUACUUUCCGCAGGAUCACCUGAAGGACUUUUACGCUGUGGCUGUGCACCACGCGGCUCUAUCCUUGUGGACGUAUGGUGUUGUGGUGCGGGCAAGCCGACGGCAGCCCGCGUCUUCACAAUACCAGAACGAAGUCAUCUACCUAGACGGCUCUGACUCGAUAGCCAUUCAGCGGUUCAUCGGCUUCGACCAAGGACGACCGGUCAUCAAGGCUCCGGCCGUUCGAGGCAUGGUCAGGGAAGCCUCGGUCCAAGACCCGCGCGCCUGCAUGGAGAUUGCGCAGGACGUGCUGCGGUCGAACUUUACUCGAGGGCAAGAGCUACCGCCUCUAGCUGAGAAUCUGUGUCAGAUAAUCCAGCAAUUAGGCGCCGCUGCUUGGGCAGUAGGGCUGGGCUGAAUGGGUGGAAUCCCGGCCAAGGGGCUGGCUCAUGUGUGCGGACUCUUGAGGGGUAUAAGGGGCUUGGUUAGGGGCACCAGGAGGUGGGCGUGCAGGGCUCUCGUCAGCAAGAGAGCCUUGAAAUGCAUGGAAGAAAUAGACGUUCUCGACAUCGAGUGCGCAUACUCGGGAACUGGAUGCGGUAUUGCCUCUGGAAAGGGGUGAUUGUAACGCAGAGGCGUUGCAGAGCGAAUCGUCUCGGAUGGCUCGAUGGCAGGGAUACUCGGGCGCGCAUCGAAUGAGAUGUCCAAGCACCAUAUAGACAGAGACUCUAUGCCGCGAGUCUGGUAUAAACUGUAUAUGAGGCACCGAGUCG